AUGCUGCUUGCUUUGUUGCUGGUCCUGGCUCAGAUGCUGCUGGUGAAACUACAAACGUGUGGUGUUUCCCGUGGGAUGGAGGCUCCCAAGAGGCUCCAGCCCAUGAACCAAGGUCAACACCACCCUACCUACUUCCGAGGAGAGGAAGAUGUAUAUGUUAGAGUAGGAGUGGCUCAUUCUGAUGCAGCCUUCUGCACGAGUCCUAUACAUUUCCUGAAUGAGAGAACACUAAAAGGAACCUUUUUUGGGAACUAUAAGCCCAAGUCGGAUCUGCCAGUUGUGGUGGACAAAUACAUGAAUAACGAGGUUGAAUUGGAAAAGUUCAUAACGCACAACAUAGACUUUGCUGAUAUCAACAAGGCAUUUGAGUAUAUGUUGAGAGGAGAGAGCUUAAGAUGUGUGAUUAAAGUGCAUGCCUAG